AUGGCGUCCAAAAUCGACUUAUCCUCCCUCCAACGCAUCCCCCUCUCCUACGCCACCUGCUCAAUAGGCUGCAGCCCCAGUGACAGCCUCCCGCGCAAGCUUGAGGCAAUCGCCCAAGCAGGCUUCGUCGCCAUCGAGCUCUCCUUCCCCGACAUACUCGACUACGGCUCCCAUGUGCUAAACCACUCCAUCGAGCCGGAGAACUACUCCGAGCUUCUGACGGUUGCGCGGGAGAUCCGGAAAUUGUGCGAUGCGAAUCAACUGAAGGUCAUGAUGUUGCAGCCAUUUUCGAAUUUCGAGGGCUGGGCUAAGGGCUCGCCGGAGAGGGAGGACGCGUUUAAGAGGGCGCUUGGCUGGAUUGAGAUUAUGAAGGUUGUGGGAACUGAUUUAUUACAGGUGGGCGCGACUGAUACACCUGUCUCCAAAAUCUCCACGGCGCGCGACACCAUUGUCGCUGAUCUCCGAGAACUAGCCGACUUGCUGGCCAAGCAUAACUUUCGGCUCGCCUACGAGAACUGGUGCUGGUCCACGCACGCACCGGGCUGGAAAGACGUCUGGGAGGUUGUGCAAGCCGUCGACAAGCCGAACGUCGGACUGUGUCUCGACACGUUCCAGACAGGCGGCAGCGAAUGGGGCGAUCCGACCACUCAGUCUGGAUUGAUUGAAAAUGUUUCUCAAGAGGAGCUCCGUAGGCGGUUUGAAGCCAGCAUGUGCGAGCUCGCCCGUUCCGUGCCGGCGGAUAAGAUCUACCUGCUCCAGAUCUCGGAUGCGUACAAGGUCUCUCCGCCGCUAGAGGAUAAGACUAUCGAUGGACUAAGACCCCGUGGGCGGUGGAGUCAUGAUUAUAGACCCAUGCCGUAUGAUGGGGGAUAUCUGCCCAUUGAGGAUGUGGCUAGGGCAGUGCUGAAGACGGGGUUUCGGGGUUGGUUCUCGAUGGAGAUCUUUGAUGCGGGUCCACAGGGGAAAGGAAAGAAGUAUGAGAUGGAUGCGUUUGCGAAGAAGGCUAUGGAGAAUAUGCAAAAGCUCUUAACAAAUUGUGCGGCUGAUUGCAAUACAUAG